UCAUAAUUUCUGUUGUGCAGUUGUAGUAAUUUGUAGACUUUUGUAUUUAUUUGAAGGUAUAUAUUCAUUGUCCCAAAUGUUAAUACAGGAUUUGGUGUACAGAAAAUACUCAUCAGUACUAUUAAAGAUAACAGACUCAAUUAUUCUGAUACUUUUAAAGUUCUGAGAGUAUAAUUGUUGAUGAAUGUUGCAUAUGUAUAUUGUUACAUGAAAUUCAGGUUUUCAUUGGGUAAACUGUAAUUGUAUUUUAUAUGUCUGGGAAACUAGUUACUUUUACUGUGAUGGUGAUUGUUUCUACAUAUGUGAGAGAAAUGUAGAAUCUUGUGAUUUCAGAGAAUGUGAGGAGAGUGCAAUACAGCUACAUUUCAGUUAAAAAGUGAUGCGUAUUAUGUAAAAUUUAAGAUUAAGCUGGUCCUGUUUGGAAGUAUCUGUGGGAACACUGAAAUAUAUAGUGGCAGGCAAGCCAAGGAGUCAUUACUAAAAUUAAGAUGUCAUUAGUGUGGUAUUCAGACAGUUGGAUGGGGAACAAAAAUUUUUUAUUACAUACUGUAUAGCAUAUGUAAUCUUUGUAUUUAGGCCCAUCCCUGUUGGUUCAUCUAGACCCAGAAGUUGUAAGUCAGAACAUCAAGGCAAAAAUGGAAGCUAAGGACCCAUUAUCAUUUUCUCCUGUCAAGCAGGAAUAUGAAAAUCUUUUGGAUAACCCAACUGCAGUUACAGAUGAUAGUGAUGGCUCAUUGUAUUCAGGCCCAUCAGUUGAGGUUGAGGUCAAGAGUGACCCAGAAGAUUAUACGUUUGAUGAAAUUGAAGACAUUGAGAAGGACUCGGCGAUUACUGAUGAAGAACUGGCUAAGAAAGUGAUUGUGGAAGUUGGUAUUCACAAAGAAGAAAAUCAAUUCACUUGUCUUGAAUGUGGAAGGGGCUUUUCACAGUCACAGAAACUUCAAGUGCACAUGAGAACUCAUACGGGAGAGCAACCUUACACUUGUGAUGAAUGUCAGAGGAGCUUUUCCUUACUAAGUAGUCUCAAAGCACACAUGAGAAAUCAUCUGAGAGAGAAGCCAUUUAACUGUAGUGAAUGUGGAAAAAAAUUUUCAGAGCCACAUAGUCUUAAAAGGCAUAUGAGAAUUCAUACUGGAGAAAGGCCCUAUGCUUGCACGGAAUGUCCUAGUCGGUUUUAUUAUUCAUGUCAUCUCAAAGUACACAUGAGGACUCAUACAGGAGAGAAGCCAUUUGCUUGCACUGUAUGUCAAGCUAGCUUUAAAAACUCUGGUCAUCUCAAAGCGCAUAUGAGAACUCAUACAGGUGAGAAACCAUACACUUGCGAGGAAUGUCAUCGAAGUUUUUCUCACUUUGAAAUUUUAAAAAAACACUUGAGGAUUCAUACAGGAGAGAAACCGUAUGCUUGCAAUGAAUGUUCACGUGCUUUUUUGCCCAGUUCCAUGGUAGUACUCAAAUUUCUGCACAUGAAAGUUCAUACGGGAGAAAAGCCAUAUACUUGUAAUGAAUGUCAAAGUAGUUUUUCAAGUUCAAGUCAUUUGAAAAGGCAUAUGAGAGUCCACACCGGAGAGAAGCCUUACAAAUGCAGUGAAUGUCAUAUGAGUUUUUCCCAAUCACAUGGUCUAAAAGGUCACAUGAGAAAGCAUUUGUAA